AUGGCAACUAAAGAAGUCACAAACUUAAAACGUCGUCGCGGAGACAUUAAAAGUAGAAUCACGCGAUUAAAUACAUUUAUUACAAAUUCUAACGAAUCUACUAGCAACGAGCAGAUUCAAACCAGAGUUGAAGCCCUUACCGACAGUUUUAAUUCAAUUUACACAAUACACGAAGAUUUACUUGAACAUGAUAAAGACAACGCAGAAGAUCACAAUAAAGAAGUAAUUGAAAUUGAAGAAUAUUAUUACAAUACAAUCGCAUCAGCGCGCAAGAUUACACACGAUCGUACAGCUAAAGUUGACAAAAACGUUCGUGAUCAGCAACAAGCUUCAUCUAUUCAAUACAACAACAAUCCUUCUCAAAAUAAUGAUCCAGUGGCAAUUAUGAAACCACACAUUCGACUUCCAGAAAUAUCUAUUCCUAAAUUCGAUGGUAGUAUUGAAAAAUGGCAAUCAUUUCGAGAUAUGUUUAUAUCUCGAAUCGGUAAUAACGAAUCUCUUGCGGGAGUAGAUAAAAUUACAUAUUUACAAAAUAGUUUAACCGGAAAAGCAGCUCGUGCAAUAGAAGCAAUCGAACCAACGGAAACUAAUUACAAGAUAGCCUGGGAUAUUUUACAAAGGAAAUACGAUAAUACACGUAAAGCUAUGCUGAAGCACUGGUCAAUUUUAAACAACUAUCCUCGGUUGCAAAGGGAUACUCCGGAAGCAUUAAAUGACCUGAUCGACAUCUUCAGGCAACAUUUACGUGCCCUUAAAUCCUUGAAUGAGCAGGUAGAAGAAUGUAACGGGUGUAUUUUAUAUAUCUUACUCACUAAAAUUAAUAAUCAUACCAAAAUUCAAUGGGAAUCUACGCUAUCCGAUAACAAAAUGCCAAAAUAUACUUCUUUGAUUGAAUUCUUAGAAAAACGUGGUAAUUGCUCAGAGUAUACAUCUGAGUCAAAAGAAAACCCACAAAAAUAUAAUCGUGAUUUUAAACCAAACGGUAAACCUCAAAAUCAACCAAACAGUAAGUCAUUUGUGACUACUAAUAAAGUUAAUAAUUUGUAUAACAAUAAUCAACAAAAUCCAUUAAUAUCUACGUCUAAUCCAACAUCAACCACAGCUAUUCAGAAUACAUACCCAUGUCCCAUCUGUAAAGAUGCACACACAGUUUACAAAUGCAAAACAUUUAUCUCAUCGCCCAUAGAGCAAAGAAUUCAAUUAACAAAAAAGGCAGGUCUAUGCUAA